UUGACGUCAAUUUUUGUGUGUGAUCGUGUGACAAAUACAAGACAAUAGGAACAAGACGAAAGACGACAAGGAAAGCGGAAAAAAUGCCAGACCGCACUUUUUGUCCAGCGUUAACAAUUUGACGCUAAACUGCUAAAAAAAAAGAGGAUUCUCGACAUAAGCAGAGACUGAGAAAACCGUGAGAAGGCGAGAAAAUCUCAAUUUUUCACUUAGCUCUUAGGGCGCUUUCAAUUUAAAGAAAGCGACCAAAUAGAGUAGCAAGCGCACAACAACAACAAAAACUCUACAAACAAACAUAAGAAGCCAUUAAAACAACGCACAAACAAACAAACAAAAAAAAAAUACAAAGAAAAAUCCUACAAAAUGAGUCGAAAGAGUCAUGUGGCAACCCUGGUGAUGGCGACAGCAACCCUGCUGUUAGCCCUAAGCCAUUGCAAUGCAGACAGUCCACAACAUAGUCCCGAUCAUGGCCUCGGCAUGGGCAUGGGCGGCAUGGGAAUGGGUGGACACGGCAUGGAUGUGAGUCCAGCUCCUGGUUAUGGUGUCCCAGCUAUACCAAAAGAUCCGAAUUCCCGUUGCGAGGAGAUAACCAUACCGAUGUGUCGCGGCAUUGGCUACAACAUGACAUCAUUUCCCAAUGAAAUGAAUCAUGAGACCCAGGACGAGGCUGGACUGGAAGUCCAUCAGUUCUGGCCCCUGGUGGAGAUUAAAUGUUCACCCGAUUUGAAGUUCUUCUUGUGCAGCAUGUAUACGCCCAUUUGCCUGGAGGAUUAUCAUAAACCGUUGCCGGUAUGCCGCAGUGUCUGCGAGCGUGCCCGUUCUGGUUGUGCACCGAUUAUGCAGCAAUAUAGCUUCGAAUGGCCCGAACGGAUGGCUUGCGAGCAUUUACCCUUGCACGGCGAUCCCGAUAACUUGUGCAUGGAACAGCCAUCGUAUACGGAAGCAGGAAGUGGCAGCAGUGGCGGAUCUGGUGGCUCCGGCAGCGGCAGUGGCAGUGGUGGCAGUGGCAGCGGCUCUGGUGGCAAACGCAAACAGGGCGGCAGUGGCUCCGGUAGCGGUGGCAGCGGCAGCGGUUCAUCCACAUCGAACAAGUGCAAAGGAAAGAAUUCAAAAAACUGUCAAAACUCCCUAGGCGAAAAGGCAAACGGAAAAGAGUGCACAUGCUCAUGCCGAUCGCCGCUCAUCGUUCUGGGGAAGGAGCAACUAAUGCAACAGUCGCCCAUGAUGCAUCAUCAUUGGUACAUGAAUUUGACUGUACAAAGAAUCGCGGGCGUUCCAAAUUGCGCCAUACCGUGCAAGGGUCCGUUCUUCAGCAACGACGAAAAGGACUUCGCCGGCCUGUGGAUCGCCCUAUGGUCGGGUCUAUGCUUCUGCAGCACCCUAAUGACCCUAACCACAUUCAUCAUAGACACGGAAAGGUUUAAAUAUCCCGAAAGGCCAAUUGUUUUCCUAUCGGCAUGCUAUUUCAUGGUCGCAGUCGGUUAUCUAUCGCGUAAUUUCCUACAGAAUGAGGAAAUCGCCUGCGAUGGUAGACUAUUGAGGGAAAGUUCGACGGGACCGCAUUCGUGCACCUUGGUCUUCUUGCUCACAUAUUUCUUUGGCAUGGCCUCAUCGAUUUGGUGGGUUAUUCUAAGUUUCACCUGGUUCCUGGCCGCCGGAUUGAAGUGGGGCAAUGAAGCAAUUACCAAGCAUUCGCAAUAUUUUCAUCUAGCUGCCUGGCUUAUACCGACAGUUCAAUCCGUUGCCGUUUUACUGCUCUCCGCAGUUGAUGGUGAUCCCAUUCUGGGUAUUUGCUAUGUGGGUAAUCUCAAUCCGGAUCAUUUGAAGACAUUCGUAUUGGCACCGCUCUUUGUUUAUUUGGUGAUUGGUACCACAUUCCUAAUGGCUGGAUUUGUCUCACUGUUUCGCAUACGUUCGGUAAUCAAGCAACAGGGCGGAGUUGGAGCCGGUGUUAAAGCCGAUAAAUUGGAAAAACUAAUGAUACGCAUUGGCAUAUUCUCGGUUCUAUAUACCGUGCCAGCGACCAUUGUCAUUGGCUGCUAUCUGUAUGAGGCUGCCUAUUUUGAGGAUUGGAUCAAGGCAUUGGCCUGUCCCUGUGCCCCAGUCAAGGGUCCCGGAAAGAAACCAUUGUAUUCGGUUCUCAUGCUUAAAUAUUUCAUGGCUCUGGCUGUGGGCAUUACGUCCGGGGUGUGGAUCUGGUCAGGCAAAACACUUGAGAGUUGGCGCCGCUUUUGGCGUAGAUUAUUCGGUGCACCGGAUCGCACGGGUGCCAAUCAGGCAUUGAUUAAACAACGUCCACCCAUACCACAUCCGUAUGCGGGCUCUGGAAUGGGUAUGCCUGUGGGAUCGGCAGCCGGCUCGCUAUUAGCUACACCCUAUACUCAGGCUGGUGGUGCCUCAGUUGCCUCCACUAGCCACCACCAUUUGCACCAUCAUGUUCUCAAGCAGCCAGCGGCCAGUCAUGUAUGACAUGGAGAGUCGGGAGGAGCAGCUGGUGGUUGCGGCGGCGGCAGCAGUACAAUUGGUGGCGGCAGCGUUCUUGGCGGACACGGCACAGCCAUGAGCAAUAGUACAAUGGGCAUGGGAGCUCCUCCUCCUGGCAGCUUAAUGCAUGGUGGUUCAAAUGGUGGUGGUGUCGGCGGUGGCGGACCACCGGGCGCAAAUGUUUACGGCAAUGGCAAUAAUGGUGGUGUUAGUGGCGUCGGUGGUGUUGGUGGUGGUGGUCAGAGUACGGCUCCUGGUUCAGUGAUCGAUUCGCGGGCCGUUUCUGUGGUUGUAACAUUGCCCGGCGGGCCGGGCUCUCAGCAUCCUGGUCAGGCAUUGAGUGAUUAUGGUCCCAUAUAGUUAAUGGUACGCCCGGACACUGCGCAUUGGGUAUCGACGAGCAGUUUCAGUCAGCUGUAAGUGCAGACAAGAGACAAAGAAAACUCGAAACAGUCACUACCCAAUUAUCCAGAGAAAAACAACUCAGUCGCUCGCUCGCACUCUCUCUCUCUCUCUUUCUCUCUCUCUAUCUUAUUCUGUAUCUCUUUCCCCCCAAUAAUAAUAUCUAACUCUUUCUCACAAACUCUUUCACAUUUUGCUCUGAAAGAUUUUUUUUUUGAAGUACAUAAAUGCCAUAUUAAUUAACAUUCUAGUCCUGAACAAAAUCAAAACAUGAGAAACAUUUAGAGAAUUUAGAGGAGGGCAUUAUAUAGAGUAUAUAGAAAAGUAGAGAAGUCCAACCAGGGGCGCGCCAAAUCCCCCAACCCCAACCCCAAACCCCGCCCCACAAACCAUUCUUCUGGAAUACAAAAAACCCAAACCCCCUCCCAAAAAAAAAAUAGACUGAGAAUUGAACACA